GCCUAAGGGCUCCCGUUUGGUUUUUAAAGCCAAGGGGACGUUCCCUGAGAAACUAGUGAGCACACAGUAAACCAUUGGUACAGUUGCAUUGGAACUGUUUCGUUGUGUGCUGCAACCUUUUUGAACAGUGCGGUGCUAGGAGUCAGAAUGGAGAAGAAGGGAAUAGACCAAGGCCAUUUCAUGAAUUGCAUUGAGUCUAAUGACAAUAAUUUAUGCAUGAUGGACCAGGAUUCCGGUACUAAUGCAGGUGAAAGGAAGGUAUCUCACAUUGAGAAAGCCUACGUAACCAUACUGAAAGAGCUUGGGGAGGACAUCCACCGAGAGGGACUUCUUCGAACACCUCUACGCGCAGCCAAAGCCAUGGAAUUCCUCACCAAAGGCUACAAAAUAACCACAAAAGAUAUCUUGAAUGAUGCCAUCUUUGAUGAAAAUCACAGCGAGAUGGUGAUCGUCAAGGACAUUGAGAUUUUCUCUCUCUGCGAACAUCACAUGGUUCCCUUCUUUGGCAAGGUUCACAUUGCGUACAUCCCCAACAAGGUCGUUGUUGGUCUUAGCAAGCUUGCAAGGAUUGCCGAAAUUUACAGCAGGAGGCUUCAAGUUCAGGAACGUCUAACCAAACAAAUUGCUUCAGCCAUCCAAGAAGCAUUGGAGCCUUUGGGAGUGGCGGUCGUCAUUGAGGCAGUUCAUAUGUGCAUGGUGAUGAGAGGCGUACAGAAGAACAACGCCAAUACUGUCACAAGUGUCAUGUUGGGAGCAUUUGAAGAAGAUCCCAAGACCAGGAAGGAGUUUCUCACCCUCACUAUGAAAAAAUGAGAUUUUAGUUUGGAUAAAAUCAUUGACUGUACAAGCAAUGUAUACAGAUAUCAAAAUGGCAAUUGUCCACAGGUCAGCACAUUGAUAACUCUGGAUGAAAGUCUUGAAUAUUACAGUGCCUAUGUUUAAUAAAGGGUACUACGCCUGCACAAUAUAUCGUUUGAA